UUCAAGGGUUUUUCUUUAGUUUUACUAUUUUUAACAUUGUACAAUAAUAGUGAAGACAUCAAAACUAUGAAAUAACACAUAUGGAAUCAUGUAGCAACCAAACAAAGGUUAAAGUAAUGAUGGACUGCCGUUUCUCGUUGUUUAUUUGAGCUGUUCUUGCCAAAAUAUGGACUUGGUCUUUUACCAAAUAGGGCUAUCUUCUGUAUACCACCCCUACCUUGUCACAACACAACUGAUUGGUUCAAACGCAUUAAGAAGGAAAGAAAUUCCACAAAUUAACUUUUAACAAAGCACACCUGUACAUUGAAAUUCAUUCCAGGUGACUACCUCAUGAAGCUGGUUGAGAGAAUGCCCAAGUCUGUGCAAAGCUGUCACCAAGGCAAAGGGUGGCUACUUUGAAGAAUAUCAAAUAUAAAAUAUAUUUGGAUUUGUUUAAACAGCAUGAUCAUUACAUAGGUGCACCUUGUGCUGGGGGACAAUAAAAGGCCUCUCUAAAAUGUGCAGUUUUGUCACACAACACAAUGCCACAGAUGUUUCAAGUUUUUAGGGAGAAUACAAAUUACUGUUGCCAGAGAAUUUAAUGUUAAUUUCUCUACCAUAAGCCGAGGCGGCGUUAGAGAAUUUGGCAGUACGUCCAACUGGCCUCACAACUGCAGACCACAUGUAAGGCAACAUGUGGAUGAGCGAUUUGCAGAUGUCAACGUUGUGAAUAGAAUGACCCAUGGUGGCAGUUGGGUUAUGGUAUGGGCUGGCAUAAGCCAUGGACAGGGAACACAAUUGCAUUUUAUCAAUGACAAUUUGAAUGCACAAAGAUACUGUGACGAGACCCCGAGGACAAUUGUCAUGCCACUCAUCCGCCGCCAUCACCUCAUGUUUCCGCAUGAUAAUCCACGUUCUGCAAGGAUCUGUAGAGAAAUCCUGAAAGCUGAAAUGGCCUGCAUACUCACCAGACAUGUCAGAAAAAUCAAUAAAGCAUAAUGAUUACGGCUCUAGAUUGGAGGAAAAAUCUGUUUGUAGCUAAGCAGGCUUGCAGUAUCGUAAACUGUCCCUUCACGCCUGUCCAUUGAUUAGUUGCUAGGAGUCAUGGUCGCCAAGGGGUCAGCAAAUCACAGGCAGUCAGCUUGUGUCCCAGAUCCCCAACUCCUGCCUCUCCUCCCAGUCUCCCUCAAGCAGAGACAGAGAUCAACCUCUCCAUCUCUGCCCAUCAACUGGACUCAUGGUAUAGUGUGCGUGCACAUUCUUGCUUGUUGUUCUUUAGAGUUACUUAUAUUGCCUAUUGUAAGUUACUUCUCUGUGUUUACUUUGUUGUGUAAUACUCUGCAGGUUGCUAUGCCACUUAUACAAUCCUUCCUUUGUUAACAGUGUUGUUGCUCUACUUGUGCUAUCAGUUAUUGUGUAUAUUCAUCACCCCUGUUUUCUGUCCGUUACUGAACCACUACCAUUCCAUGUCCAUUUCAUUAGUGUGUGUCAAUAAUGUAUCAUUGAAUGUAACUCAGAGGUUGCCUUCUUACCAGCCGGGGGAGGUGCUAGUGCAACCUGGUCUCAGAGCAUUUUGUAUUAUUCUGUAUGUAUAUAAGAGACACCGCAUUUAGUAUGAUAUGUUAUGUAUGGUAUGUAUUCAUUUGUGAAUGUCUAUCACCCAUUUUUUACAAUAUGUUACGAAUUACAAUUCAUAUUAUACUGUAUGUUAUGAAUUUGCAAAACGUACAACAUGUUACAAAUUUGCGAAACGUAUGAUAAGAAUUCCAGCUAGGUGGCCAACGUUAGCUAGUUGGCUAACAUUAGUUAGGUGAGGGUGUAGGGUUACGUUUAGGAGUUAGGUUACAGGGUAAAGGUUAGGGUUAGGGGAAGGAUUAGCUAAAAGGGUUAAGGUUAGUGUUAGGGGAAGGGAUUAGCUAACAUGCUAAGUAUUUGAAAAAUUAGCUAAAAAUUAGUCAGUAGUUAAAAAAGUUUCUAGUUUGCUCAAAUUCUCAAGUUGGCCGUGAUCAGAUUGGAACUCGCAACCUUUGGGUUGCUAGACAUUCGUGUUAUAUGCCAACCCAUCCACCCUGACGAACCACCCUUCUUUCAUUUUUGUCUUAAGUAACUAUCUGUCUUACAUAUCCAUACCAAACGUAACAUAUAAUACGAAACCGUAGUGUCUCGGUCCCCAGAUUUACAUUUUCUAUGUUACAUCUAGUCAAUGAGACCAGGCUGGAGUCUGGAGUCCAAUUGGAGUCUCUCUUUCACUCUUAGGUGUGGUGCUGGCUCUGGAUGCAUGUGCCUACGUGCUACUGGGCCUUGUCGUCCUGCUGAUCAAGAGGAAGCUUCAGGGAGACCAGGAGUCAGCUGAGGGUGUGGAGCUUAAAAAACACCCAGCCAUGGGGCUCUGUAAGCAGGGUAAAACAGACUAGGGAUCUCGCGUGCACGAUGUGUCACCUGAAGCUGCCCGUGUUCCUUCUCGUGCCUCUCGUGCUGCUGCGCUGUGUCGCCACCGCCCCUAGCAACAGGUACUUCACCUCAUCUAGUGAGCAGGAAAGCGCGCUCCCGGACAGAGAAGGCUGGCUCGUGCCCGGGAUCGUCUCCAACCCCUUCCUCGGCCUCAUUUCCGCACGACUACAGAGAGGGCUCACAUCUGCCAACAGCCACCACAUAGAGAAAAGGAAGUGCAACACAGCUACCUGUGUGACCCAGCGACUGGCCGACUUCCUGACCCGCUCCAGCAACACCAUCGGCACGGUGUACGCCCCUACCAACGUAGGCUCCAACACCUACGGGAAACGGGAUCUACUGCAGCCGCCCGGCUAUCUGCCUCUGUAGUCAUGCACGGGUGGAAGCCCACAGAUGUAGGAUAUGCUCAGCUGGAAUGACCACACCACCAUGUAUAGGCCGAUGUAUACGUUUCAAAACAACAACGAUGGUUAUGAAUCGUUAACUCUAGUUUUUUUGGUUCUUUUAUAAACUUCAGAAGAGAAAAAAAAACAGUGCCUUUUGGUGUAGAAUAAUAACAAAGAAGUAUUUGUUACACAAAUCAGACUAGAGGCGGAUGAGAUACUUGUCUCUGUUCUGUGACCCCAACAGGUUCGACCCCACAAUUGCAUGUGAAUAAAAUGUCAUGUAAAGAAAAAAGAAAAAAAAGUAAACAGGUGCAUAAGGCAUAUAAAAUACACGUUUUGUCCUUC